AUGCUUUGUUGUAACUCUAAAGAAUGCAAACCGGGCUUCUUCAAUCUCGAUCUCGGCAAUCGAUUUGGCUGCACCCCGUGCUUCUGUUAUGGCCACACCUCAGAGUGUCAAACAGCGCCCGGCUAUUCUAUUGUCUCAGUUACUUCGAACUUUAAUAAGCACAAGGAGCGUUGGACUGCUAUUGACCUGAAUCAGCGCGAUGUGGAUAUCAAGUAUAAUCAGUAUAGUCGCAGUAUAGGUACCACCGCUCAGGGCAAUGAGUUCGUGUACUUCCAGGCGCCCGAUCGUUUCCUUGGCGAUCAACGCGCCUCCUACAAUCGCGAUCUGAAGUUCAAGCUGCAAUUGGUGGGUCAGGUGGGGCCCAGCACCAGUGCGCAUGACGUUAUCCUAGAGGGCUCUGGCAGCAAAAUCUCACUACCGAUCUUUGCCCAGAAUAAUGGCAUGCCAGACCAGGGAGAGAAGGAAUACUCUUUCCGUCUGCACGAGCAUCGCGACUACAAUUGGCAGCCGAGCCAGUCAGCACGUGGUUUCCUUUCCAUACUUUCGAAUUUAACGGCUAUCAAGAUACGCGCCACAUAUUCCGUACAAGGUGAGGCGAUCCUGGACGAUGUGGAGCUGCAGACGGCACAUCGCAGCGGUGCAGGCCAGCCCGCAACGUGGAUCGAACAGUGCACCUGUCCCGAGGGCUACUUGGGUCAAUUCUGCGAGUCUUGCGCACCUGGAUUCCGCCACAGUCCGGCAAGGGGUGGCCCCUUCAUGCCGUGCAUUCCCUGCGACUGUAAUGGACACGCUGACAUCUGCGACUCGGAGACGGGACGCUGCAUCUGUCAGCAUAACACGUAUGGCGAUAAUUGCGAUCAGUGCGCCAGAGGCUUCUAUGGAAACGCGCUAGGGAGUACGGCCCAUGACUGCAAACGUUGUCCAUGCCCCAACGAUGGAGCGUGCAUGCAAAUCAAUGGUGACACCGUCAUCUGUACCGAAUGCCCUGUUGGUUAUUUCGGCGCGCGCUGUGAGCAAUGUUCGGAUGGCUUCUAUGGCGAUCCCACCGGCCUUUUGGGACCGGUGGAGAUCUGCAGGGCCUGUGACUGCAACAGCAAUGUAGAUCCCAAUGCGGUGGGCAACUGCAACCGCACCACUGGGGAGUGCCUGAAGUGUAUACACAAUACAGCUGGCGCACACUGCGAUCAAUGCCUACCCGGACACUUUGGCGAUCCUUUGGCUCUUCCGCAUGGCAAAUGCGAUCGUUGCAGCUGCUUUGCCGCCGGCACCGAGCAGGAUGAGGAGGGAAUUUCGCGUUGCGAUCAGGUAACCGGACAGUGUCACUGCAAGCCAAAUGUGAUCGGACGGGAUUGUGGCGAGUGUCAGCCGGGCUAUUUCAAUAUACGAUCGGGCAAUGGCUGCGAGAACUGUCAGUGUGAUCCAAUCGGAAGCUACAACGCCACCUGCGACAAGUAUACGGGUCAGUGUCACUGCAAGCCGGGCGUCGUGGGUCUGCGCUGCGAUCAGUGCGCCAACUACUACUACGGUUUCUCCACCGAUGGCUGCAAGCCGUGCGAAUGCGAUGAGAGCGGCUCCAAGGGCUUCCAGUGCGAUCAGAACGGUCAGUGUCCAUGCAAUGACAAUGUAGAAGGUCGACGCUGCGAUCGCUGCAAGGAGAACAAAUACGAUCGCCAUCAUGGCUGCGUUAACUGUCCGGACUGCUACAACCUGGUGCAGGAUGCGGCCAAUUUACAUCGCGCCAAGCUGGCCAACCUCAGCUCCACGCUGGACGAAAUUGCGCGCACUCCUGUAACCAAUGACGAUGAGUUCGAGGGUAAGCUGAAGGCAGUACAGGAGAAGGUGGCCAUAUUGGCUCAUGAUGCCAAAUCCGGGGCUGGCGAUGGUGGGCAGACCUAUGCGGAAGUGAUCAAUGACCUGCAUCAACGCUUGAAUAGUAUGCGCGAUCAUUUAGAGAAUGCCGAUGCCCUGCAAACGGACGCUAACGACGAGAUCGAGAAGGGUCGUCGCAACUACACCGUUCUGAAUGAUAUAAUUGGGGCGGCCAAGAAGGACUUGCAAAACGCUCUAGCCCUGCUGAACGAAGAGGGUGCACUGGCGCUGGACAAGGCCAAGAAUAAAUCAGUGGAAUUUGGAGAACAAUCGAACCAAAUAUCGGAUAUAUCACGCGAGGCACGCUUCAUUGCCGAUCGCCUGGAGGCAGAGGCCCAAUUCGACUUGAAAAACGCCAAAGAUGCCAACGAUGCAGUAGAAAAGGCCCAUGAACUGGCUAAAAACGCCAUCAACUUGCAACAGAAGGUCGGUGUGGAGUUACGAAGUGAGGUGCGACUAGAACUCGAUCAAAUUAAUCAAUCGUUGAGCACAGUGAAGGACAGCUCUCACGAAGCAUUGCGCAGGGCUAAUGAGGUCUAUGAUUCGGCGUUGACGCUGCUGAGAGAUGUGAACAAGACGUCGCAACCAGACAUAGACAUCAGUCAACUGAAGAAGGAUGCACAAGCGGCCAACGAGCGUGCCGACGAGCUCCUGAACCAGAUCAAUGAUCUAUCCAACAGCAAUGGGAAAGUGCUUGCAGACUUUGAAGCGGAGCGCGAAUUGGCGGACACGCUGCUUAAACGUGCCGAAGCACAAAAAGAGGACGACUUGGAACUCCUCAACCGUGCCAAAGAAGCACACGAAAAGGCCAUGAAAGCAGUCGAAUUGGGUGACAAAACUCUCAAAGAAGCCACCAAUACAUACAAUGUAUUAGGCGGCUUCCAGUCCGAAGUGCAAAGGUCCUCCGAUAUGGCUAAACAGGCUUUGAAAACUGUUCCGAGUAUUAAGCAGGAAAUUGAGAAUGCCGAGAAUUCAAUAAGGGAAGCGGAUGAGGCUUUGCAAGGUGCGAAUCAAAAUGCGAACGAGGCCAAGAUGAAUGCACAGGAGGCACAAGAGAAAUACGCUGAGCCAGCGUCGAAGGAUGCCGAACUCAUACGCCGCAAAGCCAAUGAAACGAAAAUCUCUGCCCGCAAACUACGCGAUGAGGCCGAUCAACUUAAUCAUCGAGUAAAAUUGACCGAGCUUGAUGUUAGUGAACUGGAACAAAACUCCACCAAAGAUGACAAUCUGGUCGACGAUGCAAAACGUAAGGUUGGACAGGCUAAGGCGGACACACAAAAUGCACAAAAAAUGAUCGAGAAGGCAACCAGCGAUUUGACAGCGAUUAAGGAUGAACUGGAGAACCUGAAGGACAUUAACACUGCCGAUUUAGAUCAAUUGGAAAAUCGUCUGACAGUCGUUGAAGGGGAAAUCAAUCGCGUCAAUCUGACGGGUCGCAUUGAGAAGUACCGAGAACAGCGCAACAUACAGAAGAGAUUAAUCGAAAAAUACGAAAGCGAAAUGAAGGAGCUAGAUGCCGAGGUUAAGAACAUUCAAUUCAUCAGCGAAGCACUGCCAGGUGGAUGCUUCAGGCGCAACCGUUUGGAGCCCUAAAAAGUGCCAGACCCAUACCAAUACUACCAACUACUUCAAUUAAAACUAAGUACGACCAAACGACGAACAAAUCGGAGGUAGCCGAGAGCGGUUGAAUGAAAUUAUGUAAUUUUAGUUUUCUAGUUGAAAUAUUUUGUUUAGUGAAGAAAUACGAGAAACACAAAACCAGAAAAAAGAGAAACGUUAAGCUUUAA